AUGUUGCACCUUGCAGCUGUCCUGUGGUCGUUGGUCUUUGUCCUGCCCCAGCAGGCCAACGCAGGCUUUCUUCAUACGUUCAAGAAGGCCAGCUUGGCCACCGAGCAGGCACCUUGCGAUUCCUGCGCAACAGCAGAUCUGCAAGACCCUGCCGAUUUCGAUCAGUGCAACUUCUGGGGCGAUCCACACUACACGGAAACCUGGGGUGACCUUGGCCGCUUCGACUAUCAAGGGCUGGGCGUCCAUGACGUCGUGAUCAACAAUGUGACUUGCGACACCUUCCGCAUGCAGGCCUUUCACUGCCAGUACCGAACCUCUCGCAAUGCAGUGGUUCUGGGCUUCGUCAUCGAGCUGGGCGGCUCCGUCUCCGGCACUGUCUUCGUCAACGACACAUUCGUGGAAGUGAGUGCUGGCUUGGAGAGUCUGGUGUCGCCCAUAGGUGAAAUCUCUACCCAGCAGCUGCAGAACGGCGGAAUCAAUGUGCAGACCGGCGAUCGCUGCAACUUCGUCAACAUUAACGGGAAGCCCAUCAACUUCAAGCCCGGAUACCUGCUCAACGCCAAGGUCAGAUCACGCGUGGGCGUGACGCAGAAUGCCGGCAUUUGUGGCUCCCCACAGCUGUUCCCUACUUUUGUGAGCGACAACACCAGCUUCCUGUUCACGAGCGAGCAGAUCGAGCAGAUGUGUGAACAGUGCAGCAGUUUUGGCGGAGAAAUCUCGCCCGCUUGUCCUGGUUUCGUGCCACCUCAACCACCGGGAAUCACCAAUGAGUUGACCGAGGAAUGUGUGUGGGCCGCAGAUCCCAUCGAAACGCAGAAUGCCGGCCAAGGGCUCGACAUCGAGCAGUUCUGUGGGCCGGACACAACCAUUGCGGCCGACUUCGGGAAUCCCGGACCUAACCAAUGCAUCUUCCAAGUCACCGGUGGCAGUGGUAACAGCUGCACUGAAGUUUGCGGACUCCUUGGCAGCACCUGCAGCAACAUGCCGGGCCGCGUGGAUUCCCAAAACACCAACUGCGAGGAAGGCGGUAAUGAGGGAACUGCCUCGUGCGACGACCAGAACUCGGGUAUCACUACGUUCUCCUGUGCUUGCGACAUUCCGGAUAUUCCCUUUCCGGGCGAUAACAUUAACGAUGCCGAGGAGGUCGCAAACAAUGAUGCGAACAUCAGCUUCCAGGAUGCGAUCGGCAAUUGUACGGUCGGGUGUUUGGCAAAUUUGACAUUUGAUAUAGAUGUUCCUCCAACCACGGAGCUGGAGUACUUGCUUCAGGGAUGCAUCAUCGAUUGGGUCUAUGCAGACAAUGAAGACAGAGCGGACAUCGUCGACAACACGCAGGCGCAAUGUCCGGGACAGCCGCUGACAGAAACGUGUGCCGAUUUCACUUGCAGCAGCGGGCUGAUUCCUGAUCCAGCCAAGCAGGCGGAUGUGUGCGGGCCUCCUGGGACCUGCACCGAUGCCUUGUGCUGCAUGACAAGCCCAAGCCGCUUCCGUCGCCACCGGCAACGAAUUCGGCGUCGACGUCGCCGCAGCCGAUUCGGCCGAUACUACAAAUACUCAUACGACGGAUCAAGGAUGCAAACACUCGAAACGGACGAGGAUGAGCACGACGAGGAUGGCAACUUCCAGCAGGUCUACAGCUGCAAGGGCGAAGACUGCGGGGAGGCCAAGGCGAAGUUCAGUGCAAGACAGGGGUCGUCUAGUGCUCAAGUCAAGGAGGUGCUCGCGGAUGAGCUAUGA